AACACAAACUAAGAUAGAAGAAAAAAUGAAAGGCAACUUGUGGUUUCUUUCUUUGUUUUUGGUUAUCUCUUUGGUGAUAUCAUCAUGUGAAGCUUCAACUCAGUCAUACGAAAUCCGCAAACAUUUGAAUAGAAGAACACCACCUAGUGAUUCAAAACCUGCACCUCAGUAUCUUACCAAGCAGGAAAGAAUGGUAGAAAAGCAAAGAUCUGCUGUCUAUGGGUUGUGGUGGUUAGAUGAACUGGUUUUUAAAUAUUACUAGAUGAAUUUCUGCGCUACGCUGCGAAAUUUUUCUUUACUUUGCAUAUGUAUUAAAAAUAAUUUUGAAGUUUAAAGUUUGUUUUGGAA